UUUACCGUCGCGUUUACAAUUGAGUGUGGAAACACGUCACCGGGUCAUUUGCCUUCGUACAUAUACCAAGCUCCGUCCGUUCCACGGUUCCUCUCCAUCCCAAGACAGGAAGCCUCCCCAUAAGUGAUUCUAAAGACACCAUGAUUGCUGCCGAUAACAACUACACCAACGGGGUUGCUCUCCCGCAGGGUGAUUCUCCGGACCUCGUGUUAGUCCCGGCGACUCCCGCGGAGAAGAUUGAAGCUCUGAAGCUGAACAGCAUCGCCUGGAAAGGCUGUCUGGACCUUGACACGUAUAUCGCCCGCGAGAGCCAUCUUCAUGCGCAGCAGUUGAUCAAGCAUGGUCUGACCAGCUGGAUUUUGGUCGAUAACAGAGAGCCUGAAGGAGAGAGAACCAUCCUAGGCUCAUGUGAAACGUACAAGAAGAAGGCCUGGCUGGCGCACGACGGCCGAGUGGAAGAUGCCUCAACGCACGGCAUAGGAAGUGUUUACUGCCGGCCUGAGUUCAGAGGCAAGGGAUAUGCGAAGAGAAUGAUGGAGGAACUCAGCAAGAAGGUCGACACCUGGAAUAUGGAGUCUGAAAGCAGGAAGAAGGCUCUCUUCAGCAUCCUCUUCUCCGACAUCGGGAAGAACUUCUAUGCUCAAUUCGGCUGGAAGCCAUUUUUGUCUUCUCAUUUCGCGCUCCCAGCAGUCGCUGAGGAGCAGUAUUCUUCGACCGGGGCUGAAGAUAUCCUUCCCAAGGUCAAGACGUUGACUGCAGAAGAUGUCCGAGACCGCAUGUGCAAUGAGCAAAUCCUGGAGAAAGAGCGCGAGUUCCUCCGAGUGGAAUCCCUGAAGACGCACACUCCUAAAAUAGCAAUUGCGCCGGACUAUGAUCAUUUCAAAUGGCAUUGGGCAAGGGAGGAGUUCUUCAUUAAGUCUCUCUUCCCCGAUAGAGAAGCCCCCGCAGUGAAAGGUGCCGGCGAAGAAGCAGCGCGCGUAUACUGUGCAUGGAACAGGAAUUUCGGUUCAGAGCCGGAGGAAAACACUCUGUAUAUUCUGCGGUGGGUGUAUGAGGAGCCGACGUCGCCCGAAGAGACACAGCGGACAAUCAAGGCCAUGGCUGCCAUAUUGAAACGCGCGCAACUCGAGGCACACCAGUGGAAUAUGAGCACGGUGGAAUUCUGGAAUCCGACACCCCUUUUGCAAAAGGCAGUGGCCAUGAUCGCGCCUAAUGCCGAGUUAGUUCACCGCCAGAAGGACAGUAUCGCAUCGUUGAGAUGGAGCGGCGCCGAGCAUGGAUUGGGCGAGACAGUGGAGUGGUGCCUGAAUGAGAAAUAUGCCUGGUGCUGAUUUGCUUUUGAUUUGCAUUUUCGGAGCCG